UUUAGACGUAUUUAAGUAGAUCUAAGAAGAGUGAACGCACAAUCUUUCUUCUUCUUCUUCUUCCCCCUCUUAGAAGAGAAGAGAGAAGAAAAUGGCGUCGAGGACAUCAAGGACUGUAUUCCGCGUAGCAAUGGUGGCUAUCUUGCUUCUCUUUCUCUUCUACAUCGGUCGCCCUUUGUACUGGAAAAUCUCCGCUACCGUCCACGACAUUCGCAACAACAAGCAAACCGUUAGAGAAGGUCUCUCACAGAUCGUAAUCGAAGCUCAGAAAUCGGUCGGUUGGUAUCACGACGAGUCUGACUCAGGGAUCCGUGCUGCUAAAAGCCGUAAGCUCCUCCGUCGCAUUUUCUCCACUGUCGCUGGUUAGGAUUCGUGUGCGUUUUUUUU